ACUUUUGCUUUCGCCUCCUGAUUUACACGCAUUUUUGACACUUGGUGUGCCAUUCUCUGGGCCCUGCGCCAGCAGCAGCAUAUCGAGUCAAAUCAGUCUCGGUCGAUUCGUCUCUUUGGUCGCAUCAGCGCGUGGUUUCGUAGUCUGUUGGAGAAAACGGUGUUUUAUUCCUGGCAGGAUACUCGGUGUGUGUUGUGUUUCUUUUGUUUAUGUUUGAGGUGGAUCUGUGGUGCGCGCAAAGCUGAAUAAAUUCCGUUCCAAGAAGCGAUCGCAAUUGCAUCGAUUUUAGUGUUUUUCUUCGCCGCGAGCGAAACAUCAGAAUUCACGGUGUGCGUGACGUGUAAGCGGGAUUCCACCGGAAUAUGUGGAAUGCAGCAGCGCGAGCUGGUAGUGCCCUGACAAAGUGAAUCUUGCCCCGGCAGAGCUGGCCCGUGGCAAAGGGCAGAAAAACCUGUCUCGGCAGUCACGUUCAGCAAUAAUUUAUGUGGAGAAACACUCGAAAAAUCUCUCGCUAUUUAAAUACAGUGCAAAGUAAACGUCAAAAUAUGACAUGGUGCGUUUGUUUUGACUCGCCUGCUGCUGUUGUCGUCGAGAAGGAGGACGUGUUGUUUACAAUGAGUGUAUUGUUUUUGUGAUGAAUUUAUGUUGCUGCAGUGGAUGAGUGCGGAGCAAGGUAUUGUCCGGGUGUUAUUUUAACAAAUCGAAUGCUGAGAUGUUUACCCUAUACCCGGAUCCGGACGACACCAAAUGUAAACAAAGUUACAAAUGAUGAGCAGAUUAACUUCCAAAGGGGCGAAGGAGGGAAAUGUUCAAAAAUCGAUACUUGUGUGUUCUAAACAAAAAUAUCACCCUUGAAGCGCGGCGUUUUUUUUUCCUGUUUUCGGUGAAAUUGUUCGUACGUGAAGUGAAUGUGUUUUCCAAUGAAUUUGUGCAAUAAUAGUGAAUAAGGGCAAAAUAAAUGUUGGUGGCAAAUGUGCGUUCGUUGUGUCCCGUAAAAAAACAGCUACGAAAAUUGAUUGCUGUAAUGAAAUUAAUAAAAAUGUAAACAUACGAAACGAGGGAAAGAGUCGUGAAAUAAAUACAAAAAUUGGUGUUCAAUUCGUGUUAUACUGUGUGUGAAAAUAUGUGUCAUGUUCCGGCUCCGCAGCCGCAAGCGCUAAACGGAUUAAAAUGUUGCAUUCCCGGCGUUUGCAUUUCUCUCCGGCAUUGAUGACGAAUAGAAUAAUCAAUAUGUCAUCGUUCAGUGAUAAAUAAUUCUGUGUACGUAAAUCGUUGAUCAACCGAAGCGAAGGUACAAUCGGUUCAGAUCACAAUGCAGGCCAAAAAGCGCUACAUUCUGGUGAUAAUCUGCUGUGCAUUCCUAGCGUAUUGCUAUUUCGGAGGCUACCGGCUCAAAUGGCUGCAGAAACUGUUUGCCAUCAGCGUUCGGAAGAACCCUUCCAAACUCCCGCCAUAUCAGCAGCUGCACUAUCAAUUUCAAGAAUCUCCGGAACCAUACGUUCCGAGCUCACCCAACUCGGUCGGCCGGUCAUUCAUGGAUGACGAGCUGUUCGCCCAUCCUUCCUUCGAGUCCAAAUACAUCGGGGAUUCGCUUCCCUCUCCUUGGCACACGUGCCGAAUGGAGACCUGCUUCGACUUUUCCAAGUGUUCCGACCAGAACUUCCUGGUGUACGUGUACCCACCGGAACCACUGAAUUCGCUGGGUGCCCCGCCACCCAUCAGUCCGAACUAUCAGAAAAUCAUCUCCGCCAUCCAGGAGAGUCGAUACUACACCGCCAGCCCGGAGAAAGCCUGCCUGUUUGUGCUGGGAAUUGACACCCUGGAUCGGGACUCGCUGAGUGAGGAUUACGUGCGAAAUGUGCCCUCCCGGCUGCAGCGGCUUCCCCACUGGAACGGUGGUCGGAACCAUAUCAUAUUCAAUCUGUACUCGGGCACCUGGCCGGAUUACAACGAGAAUGGACUGGGGUUCGAUCCGGGUCAGGCGAUUCUGGCCAAGGCCAGCAUGAGUGCCCAGUCGUGGCGGGCGAAUUUCGACGUGAGCAUACCGCUGUUCCACAAGCAGUUCCCGCUGCGCGGAGGAAGCACUGGAUUUGUGGCGAGUAAUAACUUCCCCGCGAACAAGAAGUAUCUGCUGGCGUUCAAGGGAAAAAGAUAUGUGCACGGAAUUGGUUCGGAAACAAGGAAUUCGCUGUUUCAUCUGCACAAUGCCCGAGAUUUGGUGCUGGUGACCACCUGCCGGCACGGCAAGAGCUGGCGGGAUCUGCAGGACGCGCGGUGCGACGAGGAUAACCGGGAGUACGAUAGAUACGACUACGAAACUUUAUUACAAAAUUCAACAUUUUGCCUUGUGCCGAGGGGACGCCGUCUAGGAUCGUUUAGAUUCCUCGAGGCACUUCAGGCAGGUUGUAUACCGGUGCUGCUGUCCAACUCGUGGGUGUUACCGUUUCAGUCGAAAAUAGACUGGAAGCAGGCAGCACUUUGGGCCGACGAAAGACUGUUAUUGCAGGUACCGGACAUCGUGCGUUCGAUCACCGCCAGCCGCAUCCUAGCUUUACGCCAGCAAACUCAAGUGCUGUGGGAGCGUUAUUUCAGUUCCAUCGAGAAAAUUGUUUUCACCACAUUCGAGAUUAUAAGAGAAAGACUGCCAGACUACCCGCAUCGGAACGGGCUGGUUUGGAACCAAUCGCCGGGCGCCCUGCUGACGAUUCCGACCUUCUCCGACACGCCCCGCCGGCUGCCGUUCCUGUUGGACCCGAUGGGGUACCGGCCGGGGCAGAACUACACCGCCGUCAUCUUCGUCCAGAUCGGCUCGCAGCUGACACCAAAUACCGCGCUGUACAAGCUAGUCAAAUCCAUCACCAAAAGCCAAUUUAUAGAUAAGAUUCUCAUCCUAUGGUCCUGCGACCGGCCGGCACCAGGACGGAAACGGUGGCCUGCGACCGGGCACAUUCCACUGCACGUGAUAGCCGGAGGGUCGGCCGAGGACCGGCCAAGCAUAUCCCAAAGAUUUUUCCCCCACGAACAGAUCGAAACGGACGCGGUGCUUUCGCUGGACGAGGAUGCCAUCCUGAACACCGACGAGCUGGACUUUGCCUACCAGGUGUGGCAGGACUUCCCCGAUCGCAUCGUAGGCUAUCCGGCGCGGGCCCACUUCUGGGAUGAUUCGAAGAACGCCUGGGGAUACACAUCCAAGUGGACGAACUACUACUCAAUCGUUCUGACGGGGGCAGCCUUCUACCAUCGCUAUUACAACUAUCUCUACACCAACUGGCUGUCCUAUCUGCUGCUGAAAACCGUCCAGCAAUCGUCGAACUGCGAGGACAUCCUGAUGAAUCUGCUCGUGUCGCACGUAACUCGGAAGCCACCAAUUAAAGUGACCCAGCGGAAGGGUUACAAGGAUCGGGAGAGUGGGAGAUCUCCCUGGAACGAUCCUGAUCAUUUCAUCCAACGACAAAGUUGUCUCAACACCUUUGCAGCCGUGUUUGGCUACAUGCCACUGCUACGUUCCAAUCUCCGGCUGGAUCCCGUACUGUACCGGGAUUCGGUGUCCAACCUGAGGAAAAAGUACCGCCAAAUCGAACUGGUCGGCAGCUAGCGAUUCAUGUACAUCUACUAAGAAGCAGCAACAACAUUCGUGGAUUCUGCGAAUUUUUGUGUUCUAUUUAUGUUUCGUUCCGUCGUUCCCCAAACUCAAUCUCAAAGAAUCAAAGAAUGUUUGGCUUUUUUGGCCAAACCACACACCGCCGCCCUCGCAGCAGCAACGAAGGAGAAGCAGAAGAGGGCGACACCCACAACCACUUGUAAAAAAAAAAUGGCAAGGGCAGCGAACACUGGGCGGACAGCGAAAUCACGAGCAAUUUGACGCCCCCUCUCGCGUGCCGCGAGGGGAGAAGAAACAAGAUUAGCAUUAAAGCAGAAAAGUGUAGACUUUUUUGUAACUCAUCAUCCUAUUUUGUAAUUAGGGCUUUUUUAAUGUGAGGAAAAUGAGACCUUCCCGUAACAACGGGGCGGAAAGCAAUUUCUCGGCGGAUGAAAUCGAUCUGAAGCGCGGAGUGUCGAAAGUGAGAAUCUGUACAGAGUCGUCAAAAGUCAUAGCGGUAAAGGAUAUACACAUACUUGGACACAUUUCGUUGUUAUAGUUAAACAAAAAAUAUGAAAAAAAAAGAAGAGAAAAACUAAAUGAACCAGAAACUAAGGAAGCAAAAAAAUAUUCGCCGCAGAAAUAUUUGUUUGUAAAUAGCAUUGUUAGACAAAGAUAUAGGUACACACGCGACAUUUUUGUAACUAAAUCAAUUAGAUACAGCCAUAUACAUAGCGUAGUUGGACAUGCGUUUUAUCCUAGUGCGAUAAGUAGGACAAAAUAUAUCAUGGUGAGCGAAAAAAAAAGUAUGGAAAACAUACAACCAAUUGUGAGCAACAAAAUAUUAUCAGCAAAAUUGUUGUUGUGUUGAUGAGUAAGACGAUUACCACGAAGGGGGUGCAGAAGUUACUGAAUGGUAUUUUUUACGUAAACGUGUAAGGUAAACAAAAUAUUGAUGAGAUUUUCUACACACAAAGCGAGAGAGAGAGAGGAAUGUAGAUUUUUCGAAACGAAACGAAAAAAGAGGGGGAUCCAAGAGAAGUGAAAUUAAGUACGUAAGAAAGUGGCAUUAUGAGGAACGGGAAUUAUUAUUAACGCUGCACAUUUUAGUUUUUAACAUCAUUACCAUUGGACGGUCGGUUUGGAAUCCACUGGAGUUUGUAUUUGUGACUUAAAUGUUUAGGCAUCUCAAUCUAAAAAGUCAAGAGAAUAAUUGGGUCCAAAGGGGACCCAAUAAACAUUGCAUUUUAAGACUAGAACUAUCGAACGGUCAAAAUGACCGGUUGUACCAUUUAUUCACAAGAUUCUUCUUCUUCUUCUUCAAUGGCACUAACGUUCCUGGAGGAACUUCGCCGUCUCAACGUAGUAUUACUUGCGUCAUUUUUAUUAGUACUUAGUUGAGAUUUCUAUGCCAAAUAACACGCCUUGAAUGCAUUCUGAGUGGCAAGCUCUAGAAUACGCGUGAUCACAGUGCAAGUCGGAGGAAAUUUCUUUGACGAAAAAUUCCCCCGACCAGAACGGGAAUCGAACCCGAACACCCGGCAUGUUAGUUAUGACGCUAACCACUCGGCCACGGGAGCACUAAUUCACAAGAUUAUGUUAUGAAAUGUUAUUUAAUGUUCUUUAAUAAUGUUUAAAUUUUUCUGAAAUACAUUUUAUUUCCUUUGAAAUUUUUAUAUUCUGACAACUAAAUAUCACACUGGUCAAACCGGUUUGGUAGGAAUAUAUAUAUAUAUAUAUAUAUAUAUAUAUAUAUAUAUAUAACAACUUUCGGUAGUUCUAGUGUUAAUUGCGGACUUCUGUCAAAAUUUUCCAAAUAAUAUUAAUAUAAAUAUUUUGAACAGUGUCCUCUAAGAACAACGACAUUAUUUUGUUUGAAAUGCAAAGACGAACGAAAGUUAUUAACCCCAAAAAAAUCUACUGCACAUUGGACAUAUAAGGUAUAGUAAAAGUAAACCCCUUUUUUCUCAACAGAUGAUGAUAGUUUUCUCGCGUUGCAUAGUAGCGAUUGUGUUACACUAGGUGUCAUCAUAAUAAUGAGAUUUAGUACUGAACGAUGCAUAUGUGGCCUAAAUCUAAUCGUUCCAAUUAUGCUAAAUGGAACCUGCAAUGUUAAAAUAAGGGAUGACUUUUUAUUACAGCUUAUAGUUGGAUGCAUUUCAUAAAUAACCGGCAAAAGUGAGGUGGUUUGACUUCCCAAGAAAUUCAGAAUCCUAUCGGAAAGGAUUUUAUUCGAUUUUAUUUGUACUCCAUCAAAUGAACUCUUAUUAGAAAUUGAAGUACUGAACAAUGUUCUACGACAGUGUCAACUCGUAUUAUUAACUAUCGUUUUAGUGUAAUGCUUGCUCCGGUAAUGAUACAAGCUAACAAUCAUUCACGAUUUAGUAUUGUUGUGAAUAGAUAAUAUAGUAUAAUGCCUCAAGUAUUUGUAAUUGAUGCCGGAGAUUCCGUUGACUUCCUAUAUUCAUCGAGUGAGUUUGCACUCUUAAGGUUCCAUUACUCGUGCUCGAGCUUUUCGAUGAAUAUGAUGAAUACAUGGCGAUUCAACAUGUAGAAGCGGCAUAUCAUAUAACCUAGAUUAGCUGACCGAGCACGAGCAUCCAAUCUCCAAAAAGCUGAGAAAGCAUUUUAAGUCUAAUAUAGGAAUGUUAGCCAGAGUACUGCAAUGGAUAAUUUCUUUGAGACCGGUAGGAGGUAGGUGGUGACGAUAAGGCAGAUUUGCCCUAUCUUCAAGAAGAACAAGUAGUUCGAGUGUUCUAAAUACCGUAGCGAACCUCACCACCUUUCACCACGAGUGUAGUUUUGCACUUCGAUAAAUUUUGACAGAUUUUUUGACGUAGAACCACGUCUUUCAGGAAGGGUGCCAAAUCAGGAAACAGGUUACGUUUUUAUGAAAUAAAGUUAACGUUAAUAACUAUUUUCACUGUGAACGAAUUCUCAUGAUUUGCAUACCAAUCGAAAUUCUCUUAGAUUCGUUUGAUAUGCUGUACAUUACAAUUCGCUAAUCUCUAAACGGUUUAAAUUCAUGAAAACUGGAAGAACUUACUUUUUUUCCCAUACAUUUGUUCUGCCGAUUUGUCUGCUGACCCUACCCGUAUUUCAAAUGCUUAUACCUCGAACAUUUCCCAACAGAUCGGAAAGAUGUUUGCAUCAAUUGAUAGAAAAUAUUUCUACGCAUCUAUUACAAUUAAUAAAAUAUUAUUUUUCAUGAGAUGAACAAUUGAAUAACUGUAAAAUGUCAAGCGUUAUUUCUAACUGCCAAGUUUUGACUGGCCCGAUUUAUGGUUUCCCCAACACAGACUUCAAAAUCGAUGUACCUGUGGAAAUCUGCUCUGCAAAUAUACAUGCAUGUCGGUUCCCACCGAGCUGUGUUCCUCUAACACGGACUUCAAAAUCAAUGUGCCUGAGGGAAUCCGCUUUGCAAAUACAUGCAAGUCGGGGGUAUUUUUUGGUGUUGAGUACUUUUGUACUCGCUUGUCGGUGUGCAGACCGGAAUAUGUUUUUCGAAAACGUACAUUUAAACUGAGAAUCCUAGGAAAAUCGUCAUUUCAGAUACUAGAGGUGAAUGAACUUUCGCGGUUCGAGAACUACGUAAACAUGAGAUGUGCAAUAUUUUCAGAGGGAAAUGUAAAAUACAAUGAUCGUUUGACAAUUCUUCCGUUCACAUAUUUUGGUAGUCCUAGGCAUCAUAUCAAACGUAAAAUUUAUCAAAUUUAUUUGUAACGAAGAACAUAAUCUAUUACAAAAUUUUCGAUGCAUUCUAAAAUAAUAUUCGAAGUGGAUUGCAUAAUAUAAUUGCGUGGUUCUACGUCGAAAAUAUACGGUCGUGUCCUAGAUACAACCCCUUACAUUUUUUUAUGUUGGACUCUCCACAUCAGAACCAUGUAGCACGACGGCAUACCGCAUUAAAUAUAUACUAUCAUGAAUAAAGUGAUGAACUAUGCCCAAACUUAUGAGAAAAACUUUCGAGUAAUCUGUUGGGCAGGCAAAAGUGAUUGCUCCAUAGGAUUUAUAUGGAGCGACAAGAUUGAGAUUUGUUUAAAUAAUUAUUUUAGCGAAAAAGUUAUAAGAAUUACGCGCUACUCUAUAUUAAUAACAUGCGAAUAUAUGUUUCUUUACAUAAAAAUAUUUACUUAUAGCGUCAAAGCCAUAUACACGGAGAAAAAUAGAAAUUUCUGUUUUGGCUAUGAUUCAUAUCAAUGGAAGCAGAUUGAAUAUUAAAAAAAAUUCACAGAAAUAGUGCAAACUGCACAUUGCGAUUGUAUAGCCGGAUUAGGUUAAGUGUGUUCCCAUUUAGGCUUCGUGCUUUUUGCUGGUUUCGUGAAGAAAUAAGCUGUAAUGAUAUCCCUAACCGGUGGUUAGUUCCGCCAAAAAAGCAGUUGAUUAUGUUGAAUUAAGAAAAAAAAAUAUCAACCAACUCUCAGAUGUGAUAUUCGGGUACCUGAAUGCUCUGCGGAGAAGCUAAAUACGUUUAUAAGAAAAUUGUUUUUGUAUUUUUCAAGUGUCAGGUUUGUAUAGGGCUCUUGCUACACAUACAUGCAGAGCAUCUGUUGGGCAAACAUCAUUUGUUUACAUUCGUAGCUUCUAUGCAGCAGAAGCGGAUUCAUUAUCAAUCGAUGUUCUUGUAGAUGAUUUAAAUAUAGUUGCGAUCUUCCUAUUAGCGCAAAAUAUUUCAUAGAACUAAUAUGAACUUUGUGAAACAGUUUCACAAGCUAUUUACCGAACAAGAGCUUUUGUGUGACGCAUAUUGCUUAACUUACUUACUAUUUCGCGAUGUUCAUUGGGCGACUUUCCCACUAAAUUUGAAUCGAAAAAAUAACAGGAAAGGAUUAUCAGCAUGUUCGCACCUAGAUUCAAGACACAGAGGCUCGAGCUCACGUUCGUAUGCUACCUUGUAUUUUCCAAGAUUAAGCCAAUUGAUGGAUUUUCUUCGUUUCCGAUCAAUUUUCUUAUAACCAUAUUUCACUUCUCCGCAGAGCAUUCAGGUACCCGGAAAUCAUAUCUGAGGAUUGAUUGAUUUUUCUGGCUGAAUAUGUUCUUAAUUUCAAUAUAAUCAUCUGCUUUUUUGGCGAAACUAACCACCGAUUAAGGAUAUCUACACACGAAUAUUCAUUAUAGUUUACUUCUUCACGAGAUCAGCAUUUCAGGGCAAAAAGCAUAAAGUCUAAAUGGGAGCACACUUCACCUAAUCCGGCUAUAUAAUCGCAAUGUGCAAUUUGCAUUGUUUCUGUGAAACUUUUUGAAUAAUCAAUCUGCUUCCAUUGAUAUAGAUCAUAGCCAUAACAGAAAUUUCUAUUUUUCUCCAUGUAUAUGUCUCCGCAAAGAGACAUAUACUCGCAAGUUAUUGAUAUAGUGUAGCGCGUAAUUUCUAGGACUAUUUCGUUAAAAUAAUUAUUUAAACAAAGCUCAAUCUUGUCGAUCCAUACAAAUCCUAUGGAGCGAUCUCUUUUGCCUGCCCAACAGAUCACUAAUACAUAUGCACGAUGCAAGCGCCCUAAAAGUUUCCCGUUGUAUUAAUUGUUUUGAUCAAUAAAUAUGGAAAAUGCCAAAAGUGCUCACGCAGAGAGAAGAAAGACAAUCGAUGCAUUUCACCAAAAAAAUGUUGGUAUCAGAGAAACUGCUCGGCGGAUUGGACGAUCCCAUCAAGUAGUGUUCAAUAAUUUGGCGAAUCCUCAAGGAUACGGUGAGAAGGAGAGAGCCCCACGUAAAUCGAAGCUCUCUGAUCAGGAAAAGCGAGAAAUAGUUAGAACACCACCAAAUACCUUAAAAUCGCUAAUACAGCAAUAUUUGAAUUGAAAUUCUCGGGUGACAAUUCGUCAAGUUUUGGUGAAAAGUCCUCACAUAAAGAGGGCUUGAAAGGUUGAAGCUCUUAAUCUUACACCAUAUCACAUCGGAAGAAGUCUCAGUUUUGCCAAAGCUCACAUGAUCCGACAGUGGAGCAUGGUAUGUCAUGACAAAGAAUGUUUCCAAAAGUAUACAUUUUGCUAUACAGUGAUAGACAUUCGUUUAGCCGCACUUGAAAAAAAAAUUGAAACACUUACACAAAAAUUAGAAAUGUUCUUUUUGUUGGGAUACAUAUUUGCUGUAGUGGUAGUAUAUUUUAGUCACUUUCAUCGAAAGGACGCGCGUCAUACUCACACACGCACAAGGUGGCAUCGGUGGUUGUAAACAUUCAAACGCCGUUUUUUCCCGAGAAAUACGUUUAGCCACAGAGCAUAAAAAUCAACUUUUCGUAUAAUCACCGAGUCUUUAUCUGUGUUUAUUGAAAAAUUACAUCGGAAUAUUCAAUUUACACGGUAAAUAGAAGAUGUGAGUAGUUGGUCAGACUAGAGAUUCACGUAUAAUUUGAAGGAAUGGCGAAAGGUACUCGAUUAACGGAGGAAGAACGGAGAAUAAUAAAGAAGUUCAAAGAAGAAAAGUUUUCUAAUCGCUCGAUCGCAACAAAAAAUGAUCGAUCUGAGAAAGUGGUACGUAAUUUCUUGAAAAUGGACUCGAAAUAUGGAAUAAAACGACCUACAAAAGGGAACUUUGUGUCUUAAAGGUCAAAUAAGACACGAAGCAACCAAGAAUCAAUUGUCCUGCUCACAAAUUAAGGCAGAUUGGUUGUUCCAGUAACGAAGAGCGCAUCUUGAACGAGUCACCAAACAUCAAGUGGAAGAAACUUCACGGGAAGCCGAAACUGACCGCCACUCAUAAGCAGAACCGUCUAAAUUUCGCCCGGCAAUACAUGGAAUGGAAACUAUGUUGUGUUUUCCGACGAAAAAUAGUUUAAUGGAUGGCCCGGACUGUUACAGUUGCUAUUGACACGAUUUAAGUCAGCGGAAUGUCGUGAGACCGAAGCGAAACUUUGGGGGCGGAAGUUUUGAUGGUGUAGGGAGCCUUUUCCUAUCACAGCAAGCUUCCCAUUUGUUUCAUUUCCACCCGAAUGAACUCCGAAAAGUAUCUUGAAUUACUGGAGGACGUUUUGAUUGGCCAUAUUGAGAAUAACGCUACUGAGGAUAUCGUUUUUCAGCAGGAUAACACAUCGAUCCACGUUUCCAAGCAAUCAAAGGCAUGCUUUGCUGAGAAGGACAUUCCACUUCUAGAAUGACCUGCUUGCAGUCCUGAUAGUCCCGAAUUUUGGCCGGGAUGGUCUAUGUAAACGGACGACAAUUCGACAACAUUUCCAGCCUCAAGGCAGUAAUUCAGGAGUGUUGGGCCCUAUUUGAUAUGACAACACUUCAAAAGCUGUCUGACUCGAUGCCAAAUCGAAUUUUUAAUGUGAUCCGAAAUGUAGGUGGACAUACAAAAUAUUAGCUACUGAAUUCGAAAUAUGCUGCACAAUUUUUUCUAGCGAAAUUUGAAGAUGCGGCUAAACGAAUGUCCACCCUAUUUGAAUUAUUUUGAUAGCAAAAAGUGAAUUGUUACUGUUUUUUAAUAAUGAAUUCAAUGAAAAUAAACAAUAAGCGUCUUUUAUGAGCAACACUGAACAAAUAAUUGACUUAUUUUCAAACAUAUUGAGGAAAAAUAAGGUGCGGCUAAACGAAUGUCAUGCGAGAGCUCUACUGAAGUACAGGGUGACUCAAAAGUCUUUAAAUUCUUCAAACAUAAGGUGACUAUCAAUACGGCAUCUAUAGCCAAUAGUUAUACUACCAAACAAACAGGUGACCACUUUGUCCCCUAUGACCAACUUGCCCCCACUACCCCUAUAGGUUAUCUUCACUGAUGAAGAAAAUUCAAUUAGGAUGGUCCUGAUGGUUUCAACAGGUACUGGUACAAGGUUUUAUGCAUCCAAUGUUGGAUACCAAAAUAUUCUACUGAAGGGGAAGAAUAAUCUUCAGAAGCUUUCCUGUUAAUUGCGGCAAAUACACCAAAUACAAAAUGUAUUUGGUCGCAGUAUUAUAUGAAUAGAAAACAUUAAAAUAAACUCUUACGCUUGAAUGUCAUUUUCAAUUCCAAGGGGAACUGGCAGAUUAUUUUUCAGCAACGAUAACGUCUUUCCGGAUUCUUCUCGAUGCUCGAUGCCCGCCAGUGGUUAAUGUUAACUCGAUAACCACCAAAGGAAAAGAGUUGCGCGCGUGUAUGUGUGUGUGUGUGGCGGCUGCUCCGAUGCAUCAAACGGAACCAAUUUUCGAUGCUGAUUCUCUCUUGGCCGUCUUUUCAGGGGCAUCACUCUCCUCCCGAUGAAUUCCCUUCUGGCUAAGGUGCACAAACAGGCUCUUGGUGACACCGUUCAUCAGCGCGUUCAUGAUCAACGAAGUCAGCUUCGCCACAACAGCGACAGCAUGCUCCGAUCGCUGUUCAAAUAUAACUGAGUUGAUUUCCGAGCGGUGCUCGCCUCUAUACCGAUUGGUGAUUUCAAUAACCUGUUUUAAAAGCAAUUUUAAGGCUAUUGAAACAAGUUUUUGGAUCAAAAAGUAACAAGUAUAUAACGCGUAUACAUUUUAUCAUUCGAAUGAAGUGUUUAUUUCGUUCAGUUGUUUAGGAGCUUUUGAUUUUGAGCGUUAUCGUUUUCGAAACUUUCGAAUUUACACCCCAGUAUAGAAAUGAAAUACGUAGUCCUACGUCAAAAUCACAUUCCAGCAAAACAAUGCUACUAUUCAUACCAGCAUGGAAACUAAGCCAUGGAUUAAGGACCAAAAACUUUUUUUUUUUUGGACUGGCCUGCUCGCUCUCCAGACUUGAAUCCUGUUGAAAAUCUUAGGGGGAUCCUUGUACGCAGAAUCUACACGGAAACGGGAAAACGGUACAUCACGAUUGAAGAGCUCAAGUGCGCAAAUUGGGAAACCUGGAAAAAUACGAAGAAAUCCGUUCAGCAGAAUUUGGUAAAUAGUAUGCCAACACGAAUUUUCCAGGCUAUUAGCUGAAAUGACAAGGUUGCAAAUUAUAAGACAUGUAAAUCAGCCGACAGUUUUGAAUUUUUCAUUAAUAAUGCUUAUGAGUUCUGAGAUGGUCUUAUAGAAACCAUUUAGCUGAGAUUAUCAUAUUUAAGCACAAUAACUAAACAAACAACUCUUUGUAACAUUUGAUAUCAUUAAAUCAAGUACUGACACCACAUGAGAGAAAGUGGUCCUUUAGUGCGAACUCAAGUUUCUGGUUUGGCCGACUAGCUCAAUACGCCACGAAAAGUAAUAGUGUCCAAUACUCAAUAUAAACUAAAAUGUAACGGAAAACUUGUCACUCUUUCAUGGUUCUAUAAUUGCUAUCUCAAAAGCUUGUCCUUCCUACAAACAUACAUACAAUAAUCUCUUCACGCUGCGCGAAUCGUUGGGGGCCCCAUGAUACUGCUACAACUGCAUCAACCUUCUGCAGCCGCUCCGUCGACGUUUCCGUCAGGUCGUUGGCCUUUGUUGCACCACGUCUGCUUAUCGUCACAGCGUUGCAGCCGUAGCACGUCGCACCGACUUCUGUUGCACCACUGUGUGUUUCCCGGUUCCCGGAAUAAAUCGCCACAGAAAACGACUGCAACAGAAACCACCGCUUAUAAAAUGUGUAGUAGGCUAUAAAUAUUGUGGCGCGGUAUUGUAUUUCAAAACAAGAAUUAACCGGGCAAACGUAUCGCCCCAGGCAAACGUAACGCCCCGGGCAGACGUAUACCGUCCGACGCUCGCUAGAGCUCGGUCGGACAUUGCUAAAGGAUCGUAUCCUAUGUUUCAAACUAACCGGGCAAUCAGUGGAUCCCAGGUUUGCGUGCGAGACACCGCCGCUUCCGACGGCGGGUCGGCGGUGGACUCGGAUUGCGUCAUCUUGGCGGCAUGGGCCGCCUCGAUUCCUUAUCCUCGCCAAAUGGGGACUUCGUCCCCAUUACAUUGUCCUCAGAAUAAAUUUCGAAAAACGAGAACAAGAGAAUAAAUUUAUAAUAGAAAUGUGAGGCACAUGAUGUUUUUCCCGCGCCAAAUAUUUCUAGCCUACUACACUUUUUCUAAGCGGUUGUUUCUGUUGCAGUUGUUUACUGUGGCGAUUUAUUCCGGUCACCGUGUUUCCCGAAGCUUGUCGCACCCUCAAAUCAGCCGUGUCACAACUCGCACCGAUACGCUUGUCGUCUCGUUCCACAAUGCUACGGCAGGCGAUCUCAAGCGAACACCGAGACUGGGAGAGCUGAGUCGAAGCAAUUGGCUAACACGAGAGAUUGGAAGAAUGGAAUGGCGAUUCUGCCGUCUUGGCCUUAAGCAAAAGCGAGCCUGUAAAUAAAGGCCCUCUGUCGAGGAGAGCUUGCGUGAAUCUAACCUCCAUCAUUUGUGCUUCAAUCAAUCUACCUUUCGAGGGCCUUUCCUUCUUCCGCGUUCUGCUCGUGGAGAUGUGCAGAUUCAACGCGGUAGAAUACCCGUAAUCUACACUGAUGGAUAGGAAUAUUAUUUCGUUUGCACGAGGGAUGGCAAUGGUCUCACUUUUCCUGCAUAUGUGCAAUUAAUUCGUCAGUAUUCUGUCUAACACGUGUGAGGUUAUUUUUUACCUGAUCAGGUUUUGGUUUCCUUAAGGACGAUACUGCACUUUUCGACUACGCGUGCAGUUGAAUUUUGGCUUCUAAAUUGAACGGUUCUUUGUUCACGUAUCCACUUUUCAAAGUCUUUCACACGCGGUUACUAACUCCGUAUUGUUCGCCAGCCUCAUACAGAUGGAAUUGAUUUUCUUUUGUAUCGACAGACUAAUUGUUCGGUGUGGUAUGAUUUUGCCAGAGAGAGAUGUUGUUAUUUCCAGUGACGUCAUUACAGAGGAUGGUCAGUGAUGUUGCGUUGAAGUUGCUUUCAUUAAAAAACAUCUUUUGAACGAAAUUGACGUUAAAUAUACUUCAUUCUAAUUUGUGUGAGUAUUUUUCGCGUACGAUACAAAAAAUAUAGCUCACCUGUAGUAUAUGUCAAGUCAUGUUGGGUAUAGAUUGCUCGCUCUGAAGUUUCGAAAUUUAGCUUCACCCUAGACACCCUAGAGUCAAUUCGGAAAUAUUGUUGCUUUGCCGAUUGCUCGCGCCGCUCAGUGAAAGCAUUCUAUGCAAAGAAAUAUUGGUUCGUUGAAUUGAAUAACGGACUGCGCUAUUCUUAUAUAUGAAACAAAAGUUUUUUUCUGGUAUGUAUAACUCAGAGUCACAAAAGAACGGUCGUCGGUUGUGCAUAAAUUCUGCAGUGAAAUGUUUGUCCCAUUGGAGUUGAUUUCUUCAAUUGAAAUUAACUAUGACGAUAUUUUGCUUCGUGUUUCGUUAUUGUGAAAAUAAUUAUUGGAUUAAUGGAUUUUCAAAUGAAAUACGUAUAUUGAAAAGCGUUUGAUCUAUUCACUAAUUUCGAAUUUCGAGCUUAUUGGUGACUUUUUCUGAUCGCUCAUUUCAUUUUCCCGAAUUCGAGCAUUGUUCCCAGGUUGAAAGAGGCGUCAAAGUGCAGCCCUGCGAUUUUACUUCAGUUUCAAUCUGCAACACAAGUUUCCUGUUGCAAAGUCCAAACAUCCACGCCAACAGAAGGCCUGGUGGGAUGGUGUUGUGAAGAGACGUUGAAAACCAUAAAUGAUUCUCUUUUUUAACAUACGAAGUUAAGGGUCAAUAUGACCAGCUACUUGGGUUGUAACGUUUGCAUUAAAAAAUGGACUUUUUUUAGGAUGGUGAUAAAAAAAACUAAGUCAGAUAAUUGAGUUUGAUACAUUUCCCAUGGAAGGUAAUUAUAUCAGGUAACCUACAAAAAAAUUCUCCGCCAUUGCGAGUGGCCUUCCGGCAGUUAACCGAAACAUUCGCCAUGGCGGACAAAAACAUGCGUGUAGGCAUGUUUUUGAGUUCUUUCUUCGUUUUAUUUAUCAAUCCCUUCUCAGUUUUCGCGACAAAAUUGUUGGAGUAGAUCUUACGCUUCAGGUUUGCCCAGAAAUUCUCGAUGGGACGCAGCUUGGGCACGUUGGACGGAACGAUCGCUUCGAGUAGUGUACCGACGCCAGAUUCGGCCAAAACACCGCGUUUUCACCCUUCUGGUAUUUCUUGAUGAACGACGUAACUUCCGGCAGGAACUUCGUACUAUAAAUUUCUCCGUUCACGGCCAGUCGGGAGAUAAAGAAGGGCGCCCUUGACAUCCCCUUUUCGCUGAUUGUCAGCCACAACAGCACCUUCUUUGGGAACUUGGUGUGUGAAAUAAACUUCACUUCGGAGCUCACUUCCUUCGUGGGGGAAGUAAAAUACGAAGUGCCCUGCCAGUCGUUGUCAUCCAGGGUGUCGUCCAUCACCACCGUCACGUCGCGAUUCGCCGGGAAAAUAGACUUGAUCAUUUUAUGCAGCCGUUGCUGCUGCGUCAUUGCCUGCAGCUCCGAGACCAGUGGACGGGACUUCCGCUUCCUGACAUGUAUGUCCAUGCUCGCCAGGUACUUUUUCACUGUUUGGUCGAUUGCACCGACCUCCCGGCGCAGCGAUGUAUGCACUUUUCCCUCGAUCUUGUAACGGGGCUUUCUUUCGAUGCUCUGAUUGUUGUCCAAUAGGGCCAAGAUGUUGUAGAUGCCGUAUCGGGCAUAUCCGGCGUCUACAAAGUGCCGCACGAUAUCCGUUUUCGACGCGGCAGGGUACCGUCGUUUGAACGCGCACACUUCUGAACGAAGUAGCUUCACUGUUUUCGCCAUCACGGUUAGAGUUCGACUGAUAGAGCUGUCAAUUUUUUUUCUGUUGACUCAUGGGUUACCAUGAUUAAUGCUACAUGGGUAGUUCCGUCAGUGCGUGUGAAACCCAUUCAAAAUCAGCAAAUUGUUUUGUCCAUCUUCUUAAUGCAAACGUUAGUCUAGCGCGAUUGAGUGCUGUGCUGUUUCUAUGCGCCCAGUUCGAUCAAUCACCUCGUGGCCAGUACCGUGAUUCUUCUAGAACCUAGAGAGCUAUCAAUUUGUAAUGGUCAGUAGAAUUUUGAUCAUAGUUUCAAACGGGAAACUAUUUUGGGCGUGUGAAUACGACUCCGGUUUUUUUUUGUGAAAAUUACACGCUUUGUUUGGAAGAUGGACAAAUUCGGACAAUUCGGUGUUGUACAGGAUGGUUCAAAACCAUUUCCCCGAUUUCGAAGGUAUUGUGACGGGGCAGGAUAUUGCAGUAGAAUGACCGGUACCGUGUCGAUGUAUUUGUCCUGCUACUUCGCCUUCAGUCGCUAUAGUGGUGUGAUCGUGCGCAUCGCAAUUCGCAUUCUUUAGGGAAACACUCGGUCAGUGAUCGCGACACAAAGAGUCUUCCGUAAAAAAAUUAACACUAUCAUCAGUCCUGUCACGUCCCCUUGGAAGUCGGAAAAUUGAUUUUACAUUUUGUAUUUUUUUUCUUUUGAAAAGCAGAGACUUUUCAGUGCCUGGAUGACGUUAGCCAAAUACAAACUCCACAGAAACAACCGAUUUCUGUUCCAACCAUUGUUUACAAAAUCGAAAUGCAACAGCUACCGUUCGUUUAUUCUUACCGCCACCACAACUAAUGCCAACUCAAUCCAAUCCACCUUACCAACGGAUGUAAAUAUGUGGUAAAGCGAAUGGUGCACCUUUUGGCCGAAAUGCCAAAUACUCGAAAGAUCCUGAAACUUGCCUAGGUUAAACCUAUAAACCUGCCCUAAUUCCAUCCGAGAUGUACAAUCCAUAGCUAUUGGCCACUUCGGCCAAACACAGUGCACCAUUCGCACAUUCGAGCAAUACUUUUUUGUUGUGUUGUUUUCAACGCCAGCAGAAACUGGCAUGUAGAAGGUAUGCAAAGGGUUAACGGACCGAAUCGAGAUGUGUGAGACACGAAGCGAAUGCGUUUUGCUGCUGGUAGUCGAGUGGAUUUGUUAGAUUCAGUGAAAUGUUAGAAUGCUGACUCCCCCCCGGAAGCAAGAAUGUAACAAAAUGGUGCCGUUUGAUACGAUUAACGAGUAGGUUAAAAUUAUGAUAAUUAUUAUUAUUACACCAACUGUAGUUAAAGAUGAAAUCGAAUACAAUAAAAGUAAAUUCAACAGAGAAAAAAACAGAAGAAGGCGGAAACAGAGCAAAUGUUCGCUACCCGUGAGAUUUCAGAAAUCAAACAAGGAAUAAAUGAAUAGGAAUGUGACGCGAGAAAGCCUAACGGGGGAAAAAAAGAAGCUAAACCGAAUCUGGCAGGAUAACGCAGAUUAGGGAGAUCCAUUAUCCAGGUUGAGAAGAACAGAAACGCUGGAUGUCUUCCAAACAGCCGUCUUUCAGUUUGAAGUAGUGCGAAAAUGAAUCGAUGAGUGAUGAACUAGGUAACAGAGGUGAAGCGAAGAGCUCCGUCAAUCAAAUCAAUUCAAAUCCAUAUCUGAAGCCGCAAUAAACCGAGAGUAACAAACUGAUGAUAAUCUGAUAAACAGGAACCAAACGCUAGCUGGAAGACAUAAAAUCAAAAAUCACUCAAGCUUGUUAGAAAUUUUAGAACGAACAACCCUUUGAUGUGUGUGUGCGUGUGUUUUCGCUCGAAAAUUAUCGAUUUUCAUCAAAUCACCGUUUAACUGUCUAGAAACUAAUUUUGGAUAUACCAAAGAGAUGUUUAACUCAACUAAUCUUGACCAAAACCGCAUACUACCCACAGAAUACUCUCGACCUUAAGCAGAACCAUUGGUCAUUGAAUCAUCCACAUCCUUUCCAGAAUCCUUUCGUCAAUAUGUCAUCUCCCAGGUAACGAAAAAUUACAUUCAAUCACCCGUAAUUCCAGUUAGCACUUUUGCACACCCACAAAAGAGACCUCCAACGCGCUCGCGAGCGGAAAGGAAAUCUAUCUCACGCGGAUGGUGUGAUUGAUUGUUGUUCAUAUUUUUAUCGAGCCAAUGGGCCCCAUUCCAUCCUCGGCGCCAUACCGCUUCGAACCGAAAUUUCGAACGACACGGUUUGACGGUUUUAUCGACACCACUCAACACACAAACAGAGCCAAUCAGUUCAGGCGGAAAACAUAAUUACAUCGAAAAUGAUUUAUUUCACCAACUUCGUCGCGCGAUCGUGCCUACCGAUUAUUAUGCUGUUUUUUUUUGUUCCAAGCUUUCCCCAUCCGAGGGAGGCCGAAACCGUGGUAGGAGCUUUUUUGCUGUAGUUCUGUGAUUUUGGGGACAACACGCGCGCUGUGACGACCACCGGAGGGAACAAAGGUUGCAAAAGUGCAAAAGAUAUGCGGUGGAUGACCAUGUUAAUGAUGUUUUAUUAACCCUUUGCGGUCGUGUUCAAUUUGGGCAUGGGUGUCGUACUGGUCGGAAUUAUUUUUCCUUGAGAUAACACUGAGAAAGCGUUGAAUAUGAGCAAUUCCAAAUGAAAUCGAUAAAUGACAAAACAUGAGUAUUUUUGAUUCGAAUGAAAGUUUGUAUUCCGUUUGGGUUGAAGGAUAUAUUUAAGGAGUUUUCCACAGCAAUUGGGAUUGUUUUGACUCAAGCGUAACUUUUGAAAAGGGCGUAUCGAUUUUAGUAGGGGAAAUCUUCGAUAAUUUAUAUCUCAAAAACUAUGAGUCGUACCGAAAUAGUGUCUUAGAAAGAGUUAUAGAGUAUUGACGUCUAAACAUGAAAAAAAUAUACA